CUACUCCACGUUACUGAACAAUGAAAACAUGUUUUUGAAGGAUUGUGAUUAGAGGAAUUCUACUUCAGAAAAGAAUGCAUUGUCUUUCUUUUAAGGAUUAGGCUGUAACAGCAGAGUGAGCCGUUCCUCAGUGAGAAGCACUAGAGACGCUAAGAUAUGAUGCACAGGGCAGAUUUGACAUGCCCUUGUUCAGCAGCAGUGUUGGCAACCUGGAGUUUGUAAAGCUUAUCUUUUGCUUUUCAGCCAGCACGUUAUUUUUUUUUUAAAUUAUAGGGCAAACAGCCUUGUUUAGUUUUUUUUUCCAUUGCUCCUUAUUCUAUGCACCUCUCUUCAGCAUUGGGUAAGCACUACACAGUGACCCAUAAUUACACGUCAGAAACAAAACGCCAAAAAAUGGGGGGUGGAUACUAUAAAUAAGACUGCCCUGCGCUCCCCAGAUUAUAAAGAUCUGCAUUUUAAUAACAUCCUGUCUACAUUUUAAUAGCAUCCCAUGUGGCAAACUGUUCGGAGACUGGCAGGGAUCUGAAUGAUCUUUUUGUCCGCUGUCUCUGCCACUUGCUUGCUCCUGCUCUGAUGCAGCAGAAGGGUGGGCAAGAUGUCAAGAAGCUGAAGUCCUUUCAUUCACAGAUGAUGUGAACAUUUUGUCUUUUUUUUCUUUCUUUCUUUCUUGAGAGGGAGCUGAUUUUGAAAACGUGUUUUUCAGUCCCGCUGAGGCAGCUAGCACUAAUUGGCCAGUGUUCUUCAGAAUUUGCACCAUAGCGGGAGUUUUUCAGCUGCAGGGCACUGAUACACGCGUACUCUACAUCCAGCCUGGCAAAGGCAAAGAAGGGAAGGACACACUGCUCAAGCACAAUGGAUGCAGGGAUCCGUGUCACUGAACUGCUGGGGAUGUUUUUCUCUGUUGCGGCUUGGCUUUGCCUGUUGGCUACCACCUUCAUGUCGUGGCUAACGCUCUCCACUGACUUGCUGCAGACAGAAAGCUACCAGCUGGGCCUAUGGGAGAGCUGUGUGAUCCAGGACCUGGGUGGCAUGGAGUGCAGGGGUUAUGAUAGUUUGCUAGGCCUUCCUCAUGAUAUCAAGCUGGCUCGGAUCCUCAUGUGUACAGCCAUAGCUAUCGGAGUCCUAGGACUGCUGCUUCCCAUUCCUGGGCUCUACCUGGUGAAGACCUGUAAAGGACACGAAGGUGAGAGAUCAAAGAGAAUCCUGAAAGUGCUGGGCGGUCUCUUCUCCUGUCUGGCUGGUGUGAUCUGUCUGGUCCCAGUGUCCCUCAUGGCUCAUGAGACUGUGCUAAGGUUCUGGGAUGAAACACUCCCUGAUAUCGUGCCACGCUUCGAAUUUGGGGAUGCUCUUUUCUGUGGCUGGGCAGCCGGAUUUCUUCACAUCGUGGGUGGAAUCCUCCUCAUUUCCUCGUACUGCUGCUUCCGACAGAAUUCGGGCGCUAAUCCCCCCAGGAGCCAGGAAAAGCGAGGUUUAGAUCACUCAUCCAAGAAGCGCAUGGAGUAUGUUUAAGAGGCAAAGACUGGUUCACUUGCUUCUUUUGCUGAGUCCCUGUGAGUGACUGAAGUGAUUCCAGUUUCUGUUUCUUUCUCCUUCUCCUCCACUCUCAAGAUGAAAUGCUGCUCCUUCUUCAAAGCUCUCACACGUUUUUCUAAUUAAAUCCUUGUGGUCACUAAGACAACACUUGGAAUUCAGAUACUUGCUCUUCUACGCAUUAGUUUACUUUGAAGCCACGAUGAUUAAUAGAUAUGUUUUAGCUGAGUUGUUUUAGGUGCUAGGUGAAUUAAUCUGUGCAUGGGGCUGCUGCUACUUCCUCUUUUUGUUCUUACCUCAGAACUACCUAGUCCUGGAUGAUCAGCUUCUUCUUUCACUUGACCCAAAGUUUCCCCACACCGGAUUUUUUUAAACAAGGAAAUGCUGGGAUGAGGAACUUAAUACAUUUUUAAACAGGUUGUACAGAAUUUCCCACUUCUAACUUCUGUUGUUGGUUAGUAUUCCAUGUUUUUCUUAAAACGUGUUUGCUUUAUGACCCGUAACACGGUAUAAAAACCAUAUGACAAUUUAAAGUACCCAGAGAAGGAGUAGACUUGCUAUAAACAGCUUUAAUCAAUCUUCACCUCUGGUGGAACAUGGCUGAAGAUUGUGCAAGCAACGUGCCAUAGAGUAGUUCUCAUCUAAGGUAUUAAAUAGUUUUCUGACAUUUAUUAUCAUACUUCAAAAUGAAAAAUGAGCAUUAUUAGUGUUAAAAAGUUCCAGUGAAGUGCUUGGAUUUUUUAAGCUUGAUGAAUCACACCAAAAGUAAAAUUUUAAACGUAAAAUCUCCUGAAUUCUCUGCUGGAACAAAGGUGAAACCUUUAUUAAGCAAAGACCAAAUUCACAUACACUUUGUGUAAUAAUAUUGCAGAGUACUCUAUGAAGGGGAUAGCAUAAAUUAUAGAACUUCGAAUAGUCUUUAGAGUAUUUGUGCAUGUCAGCUAAGACAAAUCAAGAUUUAUUAAAAAGUUUAAUUAAAAAACAGUAUUUUGUACAUGUAUUUUUGUGAUAUAUGUAUUUAUAACAGAAUGAGUGCAUUGUAGUUUACAUGAUUUUAUUUCAAUCCACUCAUCCUGUUGAGGUGCAUUGCCUUUUUAAUAAUAUAUAUAAUAAUUCACUUUACAGAUUUUAUACUCCCAGUCGGUUCAUAAAGAGUAACUACACAAAAUGGAACAAAAAUUAUAUUUGCUAUAAAAUUUAACAAGAUAUAUUUUACAAUGAGAAUGGCACUAUAAAUUAUGUUACAUGUUAACCGUGAAUGUUAUUGGUAAUACAGUAUUAUAUUCUGUUGAGAUAUUGUGAUGUUAAGGGUAUGAGUUUUGUGAAAUAUGUAAUUUAAUCUGAAUAAUAAUUGUAACAAUUACC